CCUCCCUGAAAUGAGGUUUUGCAGGUUGGGAUGUCUGAUAUGUAAAAACAGCAUAACUGUACAUAAGGAAGUGCAGACAGAACAAACAAGCUCAGAUCAAAGAACAUUCAGUUCAACUUAUACAAGGCAAGAACACAGAGGGUCUUUAUUGCCAAUCAAGACAGAACUCAACAAGACCUCAAGACACAACACAGCUUCCUAGCAACUUCAUCAAAUGAGAUAUACAUCUACAAUCAGGAUAUGACGUAUCCUGUAGACCAAGGACUUCUCAUUUCCAGUUAGCAAACAGUGAGGUGGCAAUUUGAAAAGUUUCCUGUUUUGGUCAUUAGAGGUAAGUGAAAAGGGGAACAAAUACUGUGCUUCCUUUAUAAGACCACUGAUGACGAUUGCUCUGUUCUUUUGUAGUUGGAUGUCCGGACCUUCACACAGAAGAUGCUAAACAUCACAAAUGACUCCUUCUCCUGUUAUGAUCCCUCAGUGGAGGGCUACCGCUACUUUGGCGUGCUCUGGGGGUCCUUUGUGUCAGUUGUCGGCACAGUGGGCAACAUACUGACUAUCCUGGCCUUCGCCACAGACUCGCUACCUGCUGGUCUACUAAGGACUCGCUUUAAUGUGUUGAUCGUCAACCUGGCAGUGGCUGACAUCCUGUACUGCACCUUGCUACAGCCUGUCACCAUCGACUCCUACCUGCACCUCCACUGGAGGGGCGGCCCUUUGUGGUGCAGGAUCUUUGGCCUCCUCGUCUGCCUCUCCAAAUCCGUCUCCAUCCUCACUCUGUGUCUGAUAGCAGUGAGCCGCUACCUGCUGGUUGCUAGAAGGCCCGUGUUUGAACGUGUGUUCUCUAGACGAGGCCUUGCCCUCCUUCUUCCCUCCACCUGGGUCCUGACAUUGGCCAGCUUUGGCCCAUUCUGGUCCGUUUAUGUGUUUGUCCCACAAGUGUGCACAUGCAGUUUUCACCGCACCAGAGGGCGCCCUUACACCACCAUACUGCUCAUCUUCUACUUCUUCAUCGGCCUGGGCUGUGUAGGCUUCUUCUACCUGCUCAUCUACCGGCGAGUCCGGGUGGCAGCUAAAGCACUGGUCAAGUACAGGUUCAGCCGACGCUCAUCCAGGAAGAAGCCUCACCUCAUAAAGGCACAGGGGACAGAAGGGGACAGUGGUCUAGGGAGUGGUGUGGCCACACAUGGCUGUGAGAUCAGCAGCCAGGGGGAACUAGCCCAUAACAUGAGUGGAGACAGAGAAGAGGAGCAUACUGGGAUAUCCUCCUGCUCUCACACAACUACCCAGGGCUCUGCUCAUGCAUCACAUUCAGCUGACCCUACAGGAGGAGAGGAGCCCCCCCCUGACUUCACCCCUGCACCAACCCCCACCCAUCAUGGCUACACCACUCCCUCUGCUGUCCAGCCCUCCUCCUCUUCAGAAGAGGAUGGAGAGCUCAAACGUGUGACCCGGAUGUGUUUCACUGUGUUUCUGUGUUUUGUUUUCUGUUUUGUACCUUUUCUGCUCCUGAACAUGGCAGACAAGCAGGGCCGAGCCCCCCAGGCCCUCCACAUGUUCUGUGACAACCUGACAUGGCUGAACAGUUGCAUCAACCCCAUUCUCUACGCUGCCAUGAACCGUCAGUUUGGCCAGGCCUACAAAGCUCUGCUUAGCAGGGCUGCCAGCCCUCUCAGAAGUCUCUGGACACACUAGCUACAUCCUGGGUACCCUGAUCCAGCUAAUCUAAUGCAGCUCACCACCAGAAAUAAGUCGAAUUAACCUCACCUUCCCAGCUCUGAAAAAAAAGAGUAAUUUGUUGUUACAUAUCCUUAUCCCAAUUACAUCAGGCAGUCACAUGUAUCAUAAAUAAUGUGUUAUGCAGUGAUAUGCUUGAAGGCAGCAUUAAAUCAGAACUUAAUGUGCCACUACUUAAAGAGUGGUACAGAGUCAUAAAUACAUGAAGGAAGCUGUCACACUGUUCUGUUACCAAUGUAUGCGUGUUUCAUGACUCAGCUUGUCUAUGAAUAAUAUUAAACAUUUUAAUUUUAAUACAUCAAUAACAUUCAAUAUCAAGGCUCCAAAAUGGCUAAUGUGUGAAGUCCACAUUGAUGACUCAACAGAGUAUUAUUACCAUAUCACCUGCACAUGGGAUAAUCUGUUUUACACAAUGGUCUGAUUUCCUCACAGAGGAACUUCUGAAUCUGUUACGGAUACAAUGGGCAAGUUUAGACAUGCUUUGAAUGAACGAGAUUGAGAAACAGAUCAUGGUGAGUCACAGGCAAUGACUGAGGUGACGUGAUUCACAAAACUGCUCUAUGCAGGUAUCUGUACAUCAGAUGUUACUAAACGGUUUUCUGCCAUGUGAAAAUAAAUGAGAUGUAUCAUAAGCUUAAGUCAACAUAACACCACGUCACCACUCCUCCAUGUGUGAGAGACUUAUCGUCUUCAGUCAGCAAAGACAGCGCAUAUGAGUACAGGUUUAAGUAUAUCAUAAUUGCCUUGCUAAAGUAAGAUUUCAGGUACUAAUUGUGACAACUAUGUUUGAGCAGACAAGCAGUAGCAAACAACAUAAAAGACAGUAUUCUGUUGUACAGUUUUGCACAAACUAAAGUACAAGAAAAAGUGUCCCCAUCAGCCACGAGUGCAAAGAAACAAAGAAAA